GCGGCGGACGCGACGCUCUCUUCGUGGCGGCAGGCUGUAAGGUGGAGGCAUUCGCAGUGGCGGGACAGGAGUUGUGCCAGCCGAGGUGCGCCUUUUCCACGCUGGGCAGGGUGCUGUGCCUGGCCUACAGCGAGGCGGAGCCAAGAAGUGGAAGCAACCCAAUGUCCAUCAACUGAGGAAAAGAUGAACAAAAUGUGGCAUAUGGCAGAUCUAUGCCUGCAUGUUCAUUGUAAUAUUAUUUCUAAUAGCCAAGACAUGGAAAUGACCUAAGUGUCCUUAAACAGAUGAGUAAACAUAAAAUUGAAUAUUAAUCAGCCUUAAAAGGGAGGAAAUUCUGAACCUUGUGUUCUGAACACAAAUGAACCUUGAAGACAUUAUGGAGACUAUUUGGCAGCAAUUGAAGAGAAAAACAAAGCUACGUUUCUACGUGCAUAUGUGAACUGGAGAAGUAAAAGGACUGAAAACUGUCGUGUGUGUAUCCGAAUGGUUGGACAUAAAGUGGAGGCACCCUUCAGCGACACCUUCAGAGACCAGAUGUCUAUUAUUGAAAUGCCGCUUUCUGAGGCGCCCUUGUGCAUUUCCUGUUGCCCGGUGAAAGGAGACCUUCUUGUUGGUUGCACAAAUAAGUUAGUCUUAUUUAGUUUGAAGUAUCAGAUCAUUAGUGAAGAAUUCUCAAUAUUAGACUUUGAACGGUCUUUAAUUAUACACAUAGAUAAUAUCGUUCCUGUUGAAAUUUCAUUUUGUGUUGGAUAUGUUGCUCUCAUGUCAGACUUAGAAGUCUUAAUCGUGAAACUGGAGUCAGACCCUAAAACUGGAGAGAGUGUUAACUACCAGCCACUUAAGAUCAACAAUCCAAUGAAACAGACAGAAGGCAUCAGUAAUGAAACUUUGCAGCUUGACUCAGAUGAUUUUGUUAUCUGUCAAAAGCCCGUGGAACUUCUUGGUGAAAAAAGUAGCCAGUCUGGAGUAUCUGUUACACUGGAGUCAACUGGAUUAGAUGAUAAAACCAUAAAAUAUUACCACGUUCAGCACCUGCUUUAUAAACGUUUUGCUCCUGAUAUUUCAUCCCUUGUCUUAUCUGAUGACAUCAAGUUGCACUCACUUCAGCUGCUACCCAUUUACCAAACAGGUUCUCCUACUACUGAUAGAAAAAAAUUGUCUCAGGAAAAAGAAUUGCUGAGUCUCUUUUGUUUUUUCUCAUUACCUCAUGUGGGCUAUCUCUACAUGGUUGUCAAAUCUGUUGAAUUAAUGUCAGUUUACCAGUAUCCUGAGAAGUCUCAGCAGGCAGUGCUCACGCCACAAUUUUUGCAUGUCAUUACAAGCAACAACUUGCAGUGUUUCACAGUGCGGUGCAGUGCGGCGGCAGCUCGUGAGGAAGACCCAUACGUGGAUACCACCCUGAAGGCUUGCCCACCUGUCAGUAUGGAUGUCUGUGCUUUAAGAAUACAGCUUUUCAUAGGCUUGAAAGCCAUCUGUCACUUUAAAAACCAUAUCAUACUUUUGACCAAGGCAGACCCUGAGGCCAUUCCAGAGAGAAGAGAACCACCCAAGAGGCUCCUUUCUAGGAAAGGAACCAAUGUUAAGUUUAAAACACCUCCUGUAGCUGAGGCUGGGUGGAAUUUGUAUAUUGUGGAUACGAUCUCACCAGUACAACUGUACAAGGAAAUGGUAGACUACAGUAAUACCUACAAGACUGCAAAGACCCAGAGCUGCAUCCACCUUCUUAGUGAGGCUCAUCUGUUAGUGAGGGCCGCCCUGAUGGAUGCCAGUCAGCUGGAACCUGGAGAAAAAGCAGAGCUUUUGGAAGCAUUUAAGGAAAGCUGUGGGCACCUUGGAGACUGCUAUAGCAGGCUUGACACCCAGUAUUCCCACCUUGCCUUGCCGUACUAUAAGAUGUCUGGUUUGUCUAUGGCUGAAGUUUUAACACGAGCAGACUGGCCACUAGAGGAUGGAUCGCAGAAAUAUGAGAGGGGAUUAAUCUUUUACAUUAAUCAUUCACUUGAUGAAAACCUGGAUGAAGAAUUAAGUGAAGAGUUAGCAGCAAAAGUGGUUCAGAUGUUCCAUAUGGCUGAGCCAAAACAACUGCCCCAUAUUCUCUGUAGUCCUUCUAUGAAGAAUAUUAAUCCGGUAACUGCCAUGAACUAUCUAAGCAAGCUGGAUACUUCUGGGUUCUCGUCGAUCUUAGUGACAUUGACUAAAGCAGCAAUGGCUCUGAAAAUGGGAGAUCUUGACAGGCACAGAAAUGAAAUGAAAAGCCAUCCAGAGAUGAAGUUGGUAUGUGGCUUCAUCCUGGAACCUCGGCUAUUGAUUCAACAGAGAAGGGGACAGAUCAUUCCCACUGAACUUGCAGUACAGUUGAAGGACACUCAGCCCGGACUGCUUGUGGCUUCAGUUCUGGGCUUACAGAAGAACAACAAAAUUGGAAUUGAAGAAGCAGAUUCCUUCUUUAAGGUGCUUUGUGGUAAGGAUAAAGACACGAUUCCUCAGCUCUUGGUAGACCUCUGGGAAGCUCAGCUUGUGGCAGGUCUCCCAGAUGUGGUUCUCCAGGAACUCUUUUUCAAGCUCACAUCACAAUACAUCUGGAGAUUAUCCAAGAUGCAGCCCCCUGACACCAUACCAUUGCGAACAUCAGAGGAUCUGAUAAAUGCCUGUAGUCAUUAUGGCUUAAUCUAUCCAUGGGUUAAUGUCUUAAUAUCAUCUGAUUCCUUAGCGGAUAAAAGUUACACAGAAGACCUUUCUAAAUUACAGAUCCUACAAGUGGCAGAUUAUCAUGUUUGCUAUGCUUUUGUCCAGAAAUUAUUGAAGUCUCUUAUAUGUGGUCCUUCAUUUGACAUAGCUUCCAUUAUCCCAUUCCUGGAGCCACUCUCAGAAGACACUAUUGCUGGCCUCAGUGUCCAUGUUCUGUGUCGUACACGUUUGAAAGAGUAUGAACAGUGUAUAGACACACUGUUAGAAAGAUGCCCAGAGGCGAUCAUUCCAUAUGCUAAUCACGAACUGAAAGAAGAGAAUCGGACUUUGUGGUGGAAAAAACUGCUGCCUGAACUUUGUCACAGAGUAAAAUGUGGUGGAGAGAAAGGUCAACUUUACCUGUCAUCAUUAAAAGGAAACAUUCUAUACUUAUUUGAAGGGAGACACCUGAAUAACUUCAGGUCCAUUGCCAAAGGAGGUCUUUUUGUCAGCAGCUGCAGUACGCUAGAAGAGACCAGGACUGGAGUCUGGAGACCGGAACUGAGUUCCAGAUCUGCUACUUACUGAGUGACCUGAAGCAAGCCAAUUGUCUAGUAUCUCGAGACUAGUGAGAAGCUCAGGACUGACUCUAGAAUAAGUGUUAGGCAAAACCGUAAGAUGUUAACUUUGGAGAUGGAGGUCAGGAAUCUAUACAGUAUGUUUAAGAGCUUGUAUUUCUUCUCUCUCUAAUGCAGCAUUUCUCAACCUUGGCACUAUUUACAUUUGGACCGAUAAUUCCCUGGUGUAUGUGUAGGUGUCCCCUAUGCAUUUUAGGAUGUUUGGCAGCAUCCGUGGCACUAAAUACCAGUAGCUCUGCCCCAGUUAUGAUAAACAAAAAUGUCUCCAGACAUUUCCAAAUGUCUGAGGGUGGGGGCGCAAAAAUCAUACUGGGUGAGAACCAUUGCACUAAUGCAGAGCCGUUGAAACCGGGAUUAGUGAUUGAUUGGCUUGUUUUCAGGAAAUGUUUGUUACUGUUUUUUGGUAAUGAACUGUGCUUAUUAAAAAUUUUACUACUGUUUAAAUUAUAAAAUUGAAGUUGAAAAAGUCAUUUAAAGUCUCACCAGCCAGAAGUAACUAUCUUCUGCAUCUGAUGAAUAUUUUCUAGACACACCGGAGGACUUAAAGUACUCUACAGAUUUAAAAUAUUGACCUUAUUCUUGGAAUUAUAACCCGUAUCAGCCCCUCAUUGGUUGGCAGAAGUGGAGAAUUGGGCAGUGGCAAUUUUUAUUGGCUUUAUAACAUCUAGACUCGCCCCCAACUCAGUUUUUUAAACCUAGGAUACUACUUACCGGCUCCACAUUUAAGCUAAAUAAACCGGUUUGAUAGGAAGGUGUUGAUAAGUCAUGUUUUUCAUAUGCAUUUUGCAAACUAGUUAGUAGUCAUUGUUUAUAAAGUUUCUACUAACAUCUUAGAUACACAUCAUUGUAUUUUAAUUCUCAAAGGACUCUAGAAGCUAGCAGAUGAUACCACUCAGUAAGUUAAUUAAGGGACUUUCCUAAAGUCACAGACAGUAGGUGGAAGAGUCUGAUCCCUUCCAAAGGCCGUCUGAUUCCAGAGCUUGUGAUCUUUCCCAUCCAUCACUGCUGAUCCAUUCAUUAACUUUUUAGCAACAUUGGCAUGUGUAAGGGAAUGAUUUAGGUAAAGGAUUUUGUGUAAGGGAUGAUUUUAAGUUGCUGAAUAUUAGAGAGAUGACUUUAGAUGGAUGCACAUACAUCUGAGCAGGAGAUUUUAUAUUUCAGUCACUCUGCAAAUAGUGUCAUUGGAGGGCAGGUGAGGAUGACAGAGAAUGGCAUGGUGUUUAUUGCUAACACUGUUCUUAAGUGUUACCCCCUUCUCUUCCCAGCAGAGGGCAGCAUGUAUCAAGAAGUAGAAUUAUAAACUUGCAUAGUUCUAUUUACAAAAAUGUUUAGUAAAUCCCUUCAUAAUUAAAGAUGUACUCUAGAGCAAAUUAUUUUACAGUUUGGAAAAAAAUAGUCAUAAAGACAGAUUUGUGCUUAUUAAAACAUGAAAAUCUCAUAAUAGAGAGCAACUGAUUUAGGAAUAUGACAUCCAACAAUUAAUAGUAUUUCCUGUCCUAGCACUCUUUGUAAGUUAGCUGCAAUAUAGCCCUAACAUUAAAGACAGUAUUCAAAUGAUUGUAUUUUCUUUAGAGGCUAAUACAAGUAUACUGAAAAAUAAUGUAAUAAUCCAGCAAUGAAAUAGUAAAUCAAAAUAACAUGGAACUAAUAUAACAAACUUGAGAGCAUUCUAGAAAGAAUGAAGAAGUUGUUAAAACCAUAAGUAGUCUGUGGAUUUAAAAAACUGAUUUUGUUUUCCCUUGGUAGUUAUAACAUUUUGUUACCUGAACUAGCUUCUAACUGGCUGAGUGAUAAGAAAAUUGGAUGAAAGAUAGACUUUCAGUUCUAACUCAGGUAUUCUGUCCUCUACCAACAGAAACGCUGUCAGUUGUUGCUGUGGAACUAGAACUAAGGGAUUUCUUGAAUGUCCUCCCAGAAGAUGGCACUGCAGCAUUUUUCUUGCCAUAUCUUCUUUAUUGCAGUCGAAAGAAAUCAUUGACUUGAAGGUAUCAUUGAAAAAGUACCAUAAUGCCAUAGGAGACUGACUUUUUGAAAAAUUGAAUGUCAGGUAAAAAUGUAAAUAAAGGAUUUUCAUAUUGAACAUGGACAUUUAUUGCAGAUGCUUUCAGGCUGCUUACCUUACCAGGUAGUAGUAUUAUUUCUUUAAUUUAUGACCUGAAUCCAUUUAAUUGUCCAGAAUGUAAAAGCUACAAGACUUCAGAAUUUCCUCGAAGAAAGCAUAUGUUUUUAAAGCUGGAGACUGACUUUUAUUACAAGGAACAGCAAAUCAGUGUUGUUGGAGACAUGACAAUCUUUUUCGUCCCAGAAACACAAACAUUUUGUAGGUAUGUUUGAAAGCAUGUUACUCCCAGGUGGUCCAGAAUUUAAUCUUGAUUUUUCCAGAUUUCUUUAUUAGGUCACUUCAUUUUUUUGUUUUGUUUUGAAUAAUUUUUGUUGAGAAAGAUGUUAAUAUUUUCCCACAGUAAAAGAUUUCAAACUUUACUUUUUUGUUACUUUUUAAAACUCAUGCUGUGGUUUCUCUUUGAAUCAAAUGAAGUAGAAAUUUACAAAGCUAACUUUCUUGUUGUCUGGGCAUUAACAUAUUUUGUUGAAUGCAUGUUUUUCAGCCAAAGCCUUGUUUCUAUUUUUUGUUGAUGUGUACUUUUGCUCUUUUAGCUAAAGUGUAUGUGAAAAUAAAGAACUAUAUCAUUGUAUUCACAA